CAAAUUGAAGGUUGGUACUUCCAUCGCGACACUCACGGGAGUCAAUAUGCUUGUUCUUGUACUUGGGGACCUUCACAUUCCUCAUCGGCAACACAGUUUACCAGCAAAGUUUAAAAAAUUGUUGGUACCUGGAAAAAUACAGCACAUCUUAUGCACUGGAAAUCUCUGUGCAAAAGAUUCAUAUGACUAUCUCAAAACACUGGCCAGUGAUGUCCAUGUUGUCAGAGGGGAUUUUGAUGAGAAUUUAUCUUAUCCUGAGCAGAAGGUAGUGAAUGUGGGACAGUUUAGGAUAGGAGUAUGUCAUGGUCAUCAGAUCGUUCCAUGGGGGGACCCUGAGUCCCUUGCAAUGCUUCAGCGGCAGCUCGAUGUCGACAUACUUAUUUAUGGCCACUCACACAAGUUUGCUGCAUAUGAACAUGAGGGAAGGUUUUAUAUCAAUCCUGGUUCAGCCACUGGAGCAUAUCAUCCACUACAAAGUGACACUGUACCAUCAUUUGUGUUGAUGGACAUUCAAGGAGGUACUAUUGUAACAUAUGUGUACCAGCUCAUUCAGGAUGAUGUGAAGGUGGAGAGGAUUGAGUACAAGAAACCAGUGUAAUGAAAUGGGUUCAUCAUCGUUUGUAGUCAGUUUUUUUUUAAUCCCAGAUGCUAAUAUUGUAUAUUAGGUAUCAUUCUGAGUGUAAAAAGACGUUUACAAAAAGAAAACUUGAAAAUGUUUGACUUGUAACUGUAAAGAAUGUAAAAAAAGGAAUAGGAACAGUACAAGAGGAGACACAGUAGCUAUGAUUACUCACAAAUGAGUUGCUUUUACUGAACUGAAAGAAAGCAACAUUAUCUUAGUCUAUAUCAUCAGUUUGAUUUGUUGGUAACUGUUUGAAUAAAAAGAGGCAUGUGACUUGUUCUUUUUGUGGAAAAGGGGUUUAAAGUGGCAGUUUCUAAACAAACUGAAUUUCACUUUAGUCUGCACUUCUAUUGUGCAGGCAAGACCCAGCUUGAUUAGGUGUACUGUUGUAUACAUUUUGUAAAUCUUUCAAAUAAAGGUUUGUAGCUUCUAAA